GAUACAAAAUUGAAGUUCACACUUGAACCAUCUUUAGGCCAAAAUGGUUUUCAGCAGUGGUAUGACGCUCUCAAGGCAGUUGCCAGACUGUCAACAGGGAUCCCGAAGGAAUGGAGGAGAAAGGUCUGGCUGACCUUAGCAGAUCACUAUUUGCACAGCAUAGCCAUCGACUGGGCCAAAACCAUGCGCUUCACUUUCAACGAGAGAAGCAAUCCGGACGACGAUUCAAUGGGGAUCCAGAUAGUCAAGGAUCUGCAUCGCACGGGCUGCAGUUCCUACUGCGGCCAGGAGGCCGAGCAGGACAGGGUGGUACUCAAGCGGGUGCUGUUGGCGUAUGCCCGGUGGAACAAGAAUGUUGGGUACUGCCAAGGCUUCAACAUCCUGGCUGCUCUGAUUCUGGAGGUGAUGGAAGGCAAUGAGGGGGACGCCCUGAAG